GUUCGGGCAACGGUACGGAAAAUUGUGCUAGCUUAACCGUUGGCAUCUGGAUACUAUUGGCAGUUAAUUGUAGUGUAAUUUACUAGUCGGUUGUUUGCUUUUGUGUUACAAAAACAAAAGAAAAAACAAAACAAAUAUUAGAAAUAGAUUUUGUUUUGGAGACUUUAGUGAGCGAGUACAAGCGAGUACAAGUUAAAAUCAGGUAAAGAAACAAGUAAAUAAAAUACACUGAAAAACUGUUACCAGCUAAAAGUUUGAAUGCCUGCAAAACUGAGAUGUUAAAAUUUCAUUACCAUAGUAAAAGGAAAUUUAAAGUGUCCAUACAAAAGAAAUAUUUAUCAAAAAUGGGCGGUUCUCCUGCUUUGUGGUGUCUGCUACUAGCGCUGUGUGCCGCAACACAGUUCAAUGCCGCGCAAGCUCAAUCGAAUUAUGUGCAGCAAGGCGAUAGCGGGAACUACACAACAAAUGGCUUGCCCGAGGAGGCGACACUGGAUGGAAAGGUCACGAAAUUAGAUGAUAUUAGCCCACUGAUAUUUUUAAAUCGCACAAAAGCAGCGUUGAAUUGCGCAGCUGGCUCCAUGCAAGUCGACAUGAAAUUCAAUGAACCUUUUCACGGCAUUAUUCAAGCCGAUUACGAUCGCAGCAGCGCUUGUCGCGUUAAUGGCAAGGGCGCGCUCAGUUAUAGAUUGGAGCUACCACUCAAAGGAUGUGGCACUAUACAGAAUCCUACACGCGUUUUUACCAACAAUAUAAUCGUGCGCUUCCAUGCCAAUCUGGAAAUGGAUGGCGAUGAGAUAAUUACCAUUGUCUGUCGCUAUCCGCCACCCAUACCAUCACUGCCACCAGCGUUGCCAGCGCCUAUCUUGAAUCCCAUCGCAACGGGUUCCGUGAUACAGCCACCCCUCAAGGGCAUACAGCUACUUCUAAUCAUUUGCGCCAUCAUGUUCUUGACACUGCUAUUACUUGGUUUGGCUGUUUCAUACUAUUGUCUGCGCAGUCGCCCAAUACCGGUAGUCCGCCGUCUUCCAAUGUCCAUGGGAAGUGGUUCGGAAAUCACCAAGCUUAGUGGCAGUAGCAUGGGUAAUAUUAGUGCCUUUGAAGGCGUUAAAAUCCCACGCGCUAUUGUACCUUUGGCGGCUGUGCAUAGCUCAUCGGGUAGCGAGGGUGCGCUCAUACCUUCCGACUACCCCAGCGAAUCACAUUCCGAAAUCGAAGAAAUCGAUACGAGAUCACUGCCCUUCAGCUCAGCAGGUAGCUUUGAAAAUCGUGCAUUUGUUCAAGAGACUUCAAGCAUUUAUAGCGAUCAUUAUGGACAUACUCAGGAAGUGCCGGCUGCCAAUGCGGUGGCCACUUCGGUGCCUCGUCAUCCUAUUGCCGUCAAGGAAUCAUCGUCGCCCAAGUUCGACGUGCAAGUGCGCGUUAAGAAGUCUCCGCCACCACCACCUUCGCCUGUUACCUCGGACACUGAGAGUAUUGCCACACUGCGCCCAGAUCGCAAUAAUCUUUCGACCAUUAUGGAGACUCAUGAAGACCGUGAAAGUAUUAUGACAAUGGACUCACUGCCACCUCAAGAGGAGACUGUACAUACUCAGUUCACAUAUGUUCCUGAAUUGCAUCCGGCACCCAAGCACACUGUGGAAGUGACUCCACCACCACCACCAGAGCCUGUGUUCUCUGUAUAUGCACGCACACACCAUGAGAUGGUCGACGGACGGCCCGAAACUUGGUCAGACUUUACUGAUGCACCCACUGUUAGUGAGGUCACGGAUAUGACUUCUGAGGCACCCGAUAUGCACUCAGUUGGCGAGAUGGUUGACAGCACACACUUCUUCGAGGCAGAGUACCUUCCACCUGAACCACCAAUUGUGGUGAAGAAACCACAGGUCACAUCGCAUACUGUAGAUGAUGUAUAUUUGCGCACCAUUACCGAAAAGAAGACAAUUGAAGAUAUUGAGAGUCAUAAGCGUCGUGUUACCGAAUAUAAGGCGAAACCAAAACCAUUGCCACCACCAAUACCGGACCCUACUUGGGAUGUUAAGAUACGCAAUUAUCCAACUGAGCGUGAACAGCAACGAUGGGAGAAUUUCUCCGAUAUUUCCAGUGCAUCCGGUAUGACACUUACGCCCAAGAUGGAGCGUUCUGAGCUAAGCUUGCCAAUUGUGCCUAAAGAGCCGCCACAACAAAUCUAUGAUAACAAAGAGAAGCUGACCAGUCCGCAGCUAGUGGGCAACAUGAAACCUAUUGAAAUGCCCCCAGAAGAUAAGGCAGUGCCAAAUUGGGAUGUGCUGAUACGUAUUUUGGAAGAACCCGAAUUUUCGGAAGCUGACGAUGCCAGCUCGGUGCACUCCAGCGUGCAUCCACUCACGCGCUACAUCAGCUAUGACGAUAAGGCCAAAUGGAAGGAAAUUAUCACUACAGAGUCAUCGUUGCGCACAAUGCUCACAGAGGCCGUGGUGCGGGAAGAUUUUGAACGCAUACGUCAAGAUACCCGCUAUGAGCGUAUCUUUGAGCCGCAGACAUGGGAUGUUAUCAUUCGUAUAUUGGCGCCACCUGCCGAUGAGGAUACGGAUGUGGAAAUGCGCGCACCUAAGCGUACGAAGAAAACACAACCGUGGGAUACUCGUUCGCGCCGUAGCUCCUUGCCAACUUUGUAUGAAUACGAUAGUGAUGGUGGUUCCUCUGUACGCACCAUACGCCAAGACCCAAGCAUGCCAUUGCGUGACAAUAGUUUCAAUAUGCAACGUUCACGUCGCUCAUCGCGCACAUCGUAUCACACUGAUCAGAAUGAUUUCCGUUCAAUGUCGGAGGUUACAGUCGACUUUGGACGACCCGAUCACUUAGACAACGUGUCGGAUGCAAGCUCUUUCUAUCCAAUGCAAUACUAUGAUGACGAGGAUCGACGCUCCUUCCAUCGGUCGGUUAGUCAUCCGUCGUUAGCGCGUUCAGCAAGUGAGUUUACUGAGCAUUGGGCAGCACCAGAUGAACUUUCAUCGCCAGAAGCUACACCCAAAUCGCGUCGUUCGCAACGUUUGGCAACAUUCCAGCCGCGUAUACCGGCUCCACCACCACCGCCGCGCUCUGGCCAGAUUGUGGCGCAAACACAAAGCCAAUAUGUAGAGACACGUCGCAGCACAACAUUCCACACGGAGAACGAAGCAGCAGCGCGUUCACGUGACUGGUAAACGUGACAAUACAUUUAGCCACGCAGAUGCGUUAACGCGUAAGCGUGCCCAGGUCAGGCUGUAUGAGUUUACAGCCAAAGGGAGAGAAAGAGCAGCAGGGCGGAAAAAGAUUACUAACAAAUACUGCUUCCCGCAAAAGUCAUUGCCAAUCCACAACAAUGUGUGAACAUAUGCAUGUACAUAACUGUACAUAUAUGUGCGCCUUGUUAGUGUUAUACAACUACAAUAAAUAUACGUAUGUCUAAGUGGACUUUGUACAUACAUACACACUACAUACAUACAUAAGCAAGUAUUGCAGCCCCCGGGCUACAUAUUUACAUAUAUAUAUGCAUACAUUUAUGUACAUAUGUAUUUAUAUACUGUAAGUACAUACAAGUUUACAUAACACAAGUGCCAAUUUAAAUAAUCCUGCAUUCGCUGCGUACUUAAAUAGAAACAUACCUAUUAAUAAUAAUGACACAUAAGGGCGCAUACGUACUCGUAUACUCAUAAUAUUAACGAAAUUGUAUAAAAAAUAGUUAUAAUGUGGAAAAAUUGAAUUUUCUCCAUAGAAUAUAAAAUUUAAAUUGUGAAAAUAUUUUCCUUAGUUAAGUCAAAUAACACUAAAUGUAGUACUUAAGUAAAUUUUAUGCAUAACAACAACUAAAAAAAUCGCUACUAAAUGUGUAAGUCCAAUUUUGUAUAUGUACACAUAUAUGUACGUUUAUGUGUACAUAAAUUCUAAAUACGUAGCAUGAAAAUCGCCAUGAAUUUGUGUACCUUCCACAAUUUUUGAGCACAUUUUACCAAGAUUCUAUGCAAAGCUGCUUCUACACGCGUUAUUGACUCUAAUGGCUGACUCAUAACAAAUUACUUCUACAAUGACCGCACAUCGUCAACGACCCAUAAGAAUCCACUUAACAUAAAAUUGCCACACCAGAUGCGAGUCAACACGCCCCACAAAAGGGCCAUCAAAAUGCUAUGCUGUGUGCAAAUUAGCUACAUAUAAAACUUUUCAUUUAACAUGUACAAUUACCAGUCGAGUCAAAUGCGACAAACCACAAACUGUAUGCAAAUAGGCGGUCACGACUCCACCCACAUACACACGACACGUUGACCCAGACGACGGGCAUCUAAAAUUAGCUACCACGCAUGAAUUCAAAAACAAACACUUUGGUGUGUGAGUGAAUCACCACACCCACUCGCACUGCUGAAUUUAACAGAAGUGUUAGAACGCUGGGCUAGUCAAAAUUGCUACUAUUUUAUAUACAGCUCACUAUAGCACCAACAAAUUAAAGAGCAUACGAGAAUCAUAAAGACCUUUUUCAAUUUCGGAGCCGCAGGCAAAUUAUUUCCACAUCACAAAAUAUUCAAAAAUAUGAAAGUCUAGAUAAGUAAACGACAAAAGUGUUUCGUAAUUAAAAAGGGUUGGGAAGAAGUGUAGGAUGGAAUGGGGGCUGACAGGCUUACCGGUAGCUGGUACCAAGUUGAUUUCGCCCACCAACGAGGGUAGGUCAACCGGUCGAAUGUACAAGUAAGUACAGAAAUACAAACUAACAUUUAUUUCUAUGAAAUUAUGUGUGUUUGUAUGUGGAAUCACUACAGUAAAUCCACUGUGCCUCAUUCUGGCGAAUUCAUAUACGUGACUGGUACGCAUCACGCGUUUAUUUCAAUCGAUCAGUAAAAUAUCAGUAAAUCUAGAAAUGUGCUAGAAUGUGUUAAUGGUUUACCUCCAAGGCAACUUUUUUUUAUCAUUUGGGACUAACGCAAGGUAUCUCAGAUACAUACGUUUAACUGGUCCACGUACUUAUAGUAUAUCGAAAUAUGACUAAUUUCGAAUUCAUUGGUACAUCAGAAUGUGCCAGCUGGUAUUAAAAAAAUGUAUUCCAUGCAUUAAAUUGAAUUUCGUUAUAGUAAAAAGCCGAAUCAUUAACCAUCACCCACCAAACGAGCAGUAGU